UACUCUGUUCUGAUUGGUACAUCUCUGAAGAUGGAAGAUGGAAAUGCACCAAUCAAAACAGAGUAUUUUUAUCCAAGCAAUACAACACGAAAACAAGUACUGUAUGCCACUGGCUUUACAUGAUAUUACAAAAUUCUUUUAAACUGCGGAUAUCAAUUUUUAUGAAUAUUACGCCGAAGGAAACACUGCAGGUAACAGCGAAUAAUUAUUAUCAUCUUAUUGCUGUCCAAAAUGACUGAUACAUACACACCGUUCGUAUAUUGGGCUCAGACAGAAAGUCAGAUCACAUUAAAAGUAGAUUUGACUGAUGCGAAGGAUAUUAACAUUGAUGUGCAGACAGAUCUGUUCAAAUUUACAGCAUCUGGACAUGGGGCAAGGGGCUGGAAUAAAUACAGCUUCAAUCUGAAAUUCCAUUCACCUAUUGAUACGAAUAAUGUUGAUAGUAAAGUGAAUGCUCGUCAAGUUGAUUUCUUCUUAAAAAAGAAAUCCGAUGGUUGGUGGCCAAGAUUAACAAGUUAUCCACAAAAACCCUCAUGGCUUAAGAUUGAUUUUGACAAAUGGAAAAGUGAAGACAUGAAUGACAAUGAGGAUGAAAAGCGUGAUAUUCGUUAUGAUUAUCCAGAUACAUUUGAAAAAUUGCUCAAAGAAGAAUAUGGCUAUAUAAAAGAGGAAUAUGCAAAGGCAUAUUUAGUCAUAUAUAAUCUCUUCCAAUUUGUCGGCUUUAUUUAUGUGCUUGCUGUAAUGGGCAUACGAUAUUCACGAGAUGGACCAGAUUCUAUGAAGGAUACAUUUGUGGCAAUUGGCAAACCACUCAAGUUUAUACAAGUUUUACAAUUUUUAGAAGUGAUGCAUUCUUUAUUUGGAUAUACCAAAAAUAGCUUUUUUAUAUCUUUCAUGCAAAUUGGUGGCAGGGCAUUUAUAUUAUUUUGUUUGAUUGAUGCUGAGCCUCGUAUACAGACUAGACCUGUUGUUUUUUAUUUAUUUCUUUUUUGGAGUAUGAUAGAAAUAGUCAGAUAUCCAUACUACAUUACACAGUUACUAAAUAUUAAGAUAUACAUUUUAACUUGGUUGAGAUACACAAUAUGGAUCCCACUCUAUCCAUUAGGUUUCUUAUGUGAAGGUAUUAUAGUACUCCUUAAUAUUCCAUACUUUGAAGAGACUAAAAGAUUUACCAUCUCUUUACCAAAUACUUAUAAUUUUGCUUUUCAUUUCCCAUCUUUGCUAAGGAUUUAUUUACUCUUACUUUUGCUGCCUGGAUUAUAUACAACAAUGUCUCAUAUGAGACGUUUACGCUGUAAAAAGCUUGGAAAUACUAAUAUUAAAAGGAAAUGUGCAUAAAUGCACAUUUUAAUUAAUUGUAAACUUAACUAUAACAUUCAGUUUAAUAUAUUUUCUCUUAAUGCUAUAUAUAUAUA